GCCCGCCCGCCCGCCGGCGGCUGCAGCCCGCUGGCCUCUGGCCCAGCGCGCGGCGGACGUGCCGCUGACCCGCGCCUGCGACGCGAGAGCCGGGCGCGCCCCGAGAGGACGUGGAGCCAUGAACCGCCUGCCCGGGAGGGUGGCGGCGCUGCUGCUCGCGCUGCUCGUGGAGAGCACGGAGGCUAAAAAACAUUGCUGGUAUUUUGAAGGACUCUACCCAACAUAUUAUAUAUGCCGCCCCUACGAGGACUGCUGUGGCUCCAGGUGCUGCGUGCGGGCUCUCUCCGUACAGAGGCUGUGGUACUUUUGGUUCCUCCUGAUGGUCGGCGUCCUCUUCUGCUGUGGAGCCGGCUUCUUCAUCCGCAGGCGCAUGUACCCCCCGCCGCUGAUCGAGGAGCCCGCGUUCAACGUGUCCUACACCAGGCAGCCCCCGAACCCCGCGCCAGGAGCCCAGCAGCCGGGGCUGUCGUAUUACACCGACCCUGGAGGACCGGGGAUGAAUCUUGCCGGGAACCCCACAGCGAUGGCUUUCCAGGUCCAACCCAACUCACCCCUGGGAAGCGCGGCCUACCCACCACCCCCUUCCUACUGCAACACGCCCCCACCCCCGUAUGAACAGGUGGUGAAGGCCAAGUAGCGGGGUGCUGGCCAGAGCCUGCCUGAGCGACGUUGCAGAGGAGACAGGGCGGGGGGGAGGCUUCUUCAGUCCACCUUGCCUGCCCCCAUCAACGUUCGCUUCUAGAAUGAUCUUAUGAGCCACCAAGGGCACAUUCCUAUUGGAUAUCUUCAAAGCAAGUAUGGCUCCCUUUCAAGUUUUCCGUGACGACCAAUAUUGGAAUUCACCCUGUGUCCUUCUGUCUCUGAUGUCAUCUGUGCUCUGGCAGAGUGUGGACAGUCCCCAAGGGCUGACACCUUAGUGUGGCAUGCCCAGACCCUCAGGAGAGAGACCGAGAGAAGGAGCUGAGGAGGCGAGGCAGGGCCGGUUUGUGUGGGGAGUGCAGGUGAGAGCACAGAGGGGCCAGGUGCGCCUCCCAGGAGAGCUUCCUCCCCACUCUGCCGGACUGAGGCCCCACAGGGUCAGCUGUCUGAGCCCUCGUCCUGUCAGUCUUCCUCUGGAGGAAGCUGCUAGAGAGACGUUUAGUGGAGAAGAAGCCUCUCAGCACUCUUCUGUCUCCGUCACUUCCGGAAGAGGAGAGAGACACCCCUCCUGCACAGCCAGGGCUGGGAGAGGCCACAGACGGCUGUCACCGCGAGAAGAUGAGGUUCCCAAAGCAGGCCGAGCUGGAUAGCUACAGUUCCCUGAAAAUCACUAAGGAAAGUUAUUUAAGUUCAUGGGAAAUUGCUUCCUGCUCCAAACUGGGACAUUACAUUUUAUGAGCUCUUGGUCUGACUUGAGAAAAAAAAUGUUUCCCCCUUUUCAGUGCAUUUAUGGAAGUGCGUGCAGGGUCCUAUCCUUUGAGGUCGGACUCGAGUGAGUGUCUCUGAUCAUGACCAGAAGUCUGACAUGCUUCGCCGAGGCAUCUCGGGCUGGGAAGUCACAUCAACCCCUUGGAGAGAGGUGGCUCCGCAGGGCAGGCCAGGGCUGUGGUCUGUGUGAUCUCAGCUGCUGGGGGCUGGGCUCUGAAGAGGAGGAGUUUGCUACGAAGAAGACAAGACGUGAAAUGCCAGGACUGCAGGUAGACCUCUUCCAGAAGACUGAAUAGAUUUCUGACAACUUAAUCACAAUGAGAAUGAAGAAGCGGUGGAAAGGCAAACCCUGGCUAAGAAAGCAUCUCAGACUGGGAUGCUGGGAGUCGUCCUGUCCUCGGGCUAGUUGACAGUGAGCAGGGAGGGCCUGUUCCUCUGUAGUUAGAAAUGCCGAUCGUGUAGUAUUUAAACCCAGAUGGAGACCUAGUGGGUCGUGAAAGCAGCGUAGAUCCCUGUAUGUGUAGUAGUGGGAUGGCGGGAGUCGGGUCGGGGGUGGGGGAAGAGGGAGCUUAUUUUUAAAGUGAACUACUCAGAGCCCUUGAGAAGUUGUUCCUCAUUGAACUUGAGCACCAGGACAUCUCACUAGAGUGGAUACCGCAUUUUUCAUGCCCCCUGUCUUGCUGUCUCUGCUGUCCUGGGAGGUCUCUGUGGGGUAGCAGUGAAGAGUCAGGAUGGGGCACACAGGACCGCUCAGACAUACCUCCCUCUAAGGACAGAGGCUCUGGGAACCUCCCAGGGGAUUCCACUGGAAACGCAGGAGCCAAACUAGUGCCCUCGGAAAGAGUUUGUGAGCACAGAUGCUGCUGCACAUGUCUUUGACCACCCUCGUGUGACGUCUGAACCCCCUGACUGCGGGACCUCCCCUCAUGGGGGUCCUUGAUUGAAAUGAGUCGACAAAGCACAAUGUUUGCUGUUUACAACCAAGGACAACUUCAUGGGUCCAAAAAUUCCUCAUCCUCCGGGUCAUUUGUUUUGCAUUUUUCACUCCAAUUUCUCCCUUUAGUUUUUUUUUAAAUGAAGAAUCACACUAAGGGCUGCCUCUGGAUUGGGUGCAUCCACGUGUCCGUGAUGAAACCUGGCUGAUCUUUCUGAUAGCAAACGAUCUCAAGAGACUGGACGUUUUAGGUGGCACCCAACAAUUUUGCAUUCCCACAUUUGUGUAAGAUACAUUUUGUUUUCCCUUGAACCUGGGUGAGAACCUGCUCCAGUGAACACUGACCUGUGUGUGUGGAAAUUCCAGGCCAUUCUCAUCUCCUCCAUGCUGUCUGUGGAGUGGCCCGCCUCCCCAGUGAGUCCAGCUCCUGACGUGUUGAAGUCCCAUAAAGUCAGUGGUUGGGAGUGAACUUGGAGCAGAUCUGGGCACAUGUUUCCUCUGCAACAUUUGGCUCAUUUAUCUUUUCUGUUCUCUUUUGAUAGGGUCCUGUUUCCUAUGUAUGCAAAAUAAAACUAAAUUUGGGCAUGUGCUUUGAUUGUUUU